AGGUCUGAACAAGAGAAAGUACCCUCCAGUUAGGCACCCCAGCUGGACAAGAGAAGGAAAAAUGAACUGAUUGAGACUGAAGCUGCACAAUGGCAUCCACAGACACACAGCACACAGCAAGCAGCAGCAAUGGCUUGUACAACGAGGAUAGAAAUUUACUUCGUAUCAGGGAGAGAGAGAGACGGAAUCAGGAGGCCCUUCAGGAAAGAGACACCUUCCCCGAAAAUAUUCCCCUCUUUGCAGAACCAUACAAGACAAACAAAGAAGAUGAAUUGUCCAGUCGAAUUCAGAACAUGUUGGGCAAUUAUGAAGAGGUGAAGGAGCUCAUUAGCAACAGAUCUCAUCAGAAUCUCAUAGGGAUACCCAAAAAUGUUGUUUCUUUGAUCCCCCAAGGAAAGCCUGAUCGCCCAUCCUUUCUUGAAAAGACCAGCAAUACAUUAACACCUUCAUUCCAGCAUCGCAUCUGCCACCAACCUAUGGGAUCCCUGGUCUGGGCUCCUUCUCCAGCUAGCAAUUCCAUCCACUACCAAAAGACACAGUUAAGAACAGAGCCAGCCUCCAGUUUGCACACCAAAAGCCACAACUUAUCCAACAGUCGGAGCCAAGGUCAAGAAUACAGUCGCAGUGGACAGGAAGGCCACAAUGGCACUCGCCACAAGAAAAAUGAAAGGCGUGUUGAUAAAGGUACCACUAAUGAACUGCAAGCCUCCCUUUUGGAACUUUCUCCCUUGCUGUCCUCUUUGUCUUCUCCGGUGGCACCCCUGUCACCUCUACAUUCCAGCCAGCAUGUAAAUUCCAGGUCACAGAAUAGCAGCAAAAGUCAUGGGCAGUCCUGCAGUCAAAUGCAAUCUCCUCAGGACCUAAUGGCAGGAUCACAUGAUAGUGAAAAUCGGGACUGUUCAGCCAUUAACUUGGCUGGUGCCACCCAACCUUCCUCUCAGACAUUUCCUCCUUCCUUGCCAUCAAAAACUAGUGUAAUGCAACAGAAACCUACUGCAUAUGUCAGACCAAUGGAUGGCCAAGAUCAGGCACCAAAUGAGUCACCAGAGCUCAAGGCACUUCCAGAGGAGUACCAUGGAGAGUCCUACAAGAAAAUAUCAGAUCUAAAAGCAAAUGUCAAGGCCAAGCUAUCCAAAUUGAAAAUCCAGUCUGAACCCAUUGAGCAAACCUUCCCCAAUGACGUCCAUUGUGUUGAGGAAAUCUUGAAGGAAAUGACCCACUCAUGGCCACCUCCCUUGACAGCUAUCCAUACUCCAAGCACAGCCGAGCCUUCAAAAUUUCCUUUUCCAACAAAGGAAUCCCAGCAUGCUGGAUCAGUAAUACAAAGCCAGAAACAGUAUGAUGCAGCUUCAAAAACAUUGCCUAGUUCUCAGCAAGGAACAUCAAUGCUACAAAAUGAUCUUCAGCUCAGCGAUACUGAAGACAGUGAUGAUGAUCAUGCCACUGAAAAGCCACCUCCCUCAUCUGCUCCUCCAAGUGCCCCACAAUCACAGCCUGAGAGUGUGUCAUCAGCACAUUCCAGCAGCGCAGAAUCAGGGAGCACCAGUGACUCAGACAGCUCUUCAGACUCGGAGAGCGAGAGCAGUUCGAGUGACAGUGAAGCAAAUGAGCCACCAAGAACUUUGGUGCCUGAGCCUGAGCCACCAACAUCAAAUAAAUGGCAGCUGGACAACUGGCUAACCAAGGUGAACCCACCAACAGCAGCUACUGAGAACCUCAGCGAGGUGGUCCAUUCACACGGUCACCUUGAGAGCAAGGGUCAGGGGAAGGGGAGCAGCCACAGCAGCAGCAGCAGCUCCACUCAUGAGCGUUCUGGAUCAAAGGAGCUUCAUCACAAAAACUCCAGCAAAGCAGCCAGGGCUCCACUGGAGGGCCAUCUUCCUACCAAACGGAAUUGCCAGAAGUCUCCCACAGAUGCUGAGGGGCCUUCGCAGAGGCAGACAGUUGGUACCAAGAAGCCCAGCAAGAUACCACUACAGGAGGAACCCAAGGGUGGCCUGAAAGUGGAAAGUGAGCCUGGUCCAUAUGAGGUUAAAGACCAGUCUUCCAGGGACAAGCAGAAAGUACAAACAAAAGGGAGGCCAAAAUCCAGUGAUAAAAAGGACUCCAAGACUACAGUCCAAGAGUCCUCUGAAAAGAAAAAGCACAAGCAACGUCAAGCAGCCUCUAAACCAUUUUUGGACCCAAAGCCUGUGAAAGAUACUUUGACUGGCUGUGACCCAGAGCAUUUUUCUCUCGGCCCCUUAGCUCAAAGCCAGAGCACAACUCACACCAGGACUAGUGGCAAUAAGUCUACCGUUGUGGUCAGAGAGGACUUUCAUAGAAACAAAUUUCUUUUGCCUAUCAGGGAUAAGAAGUUACCACCUCUGAGAGACUUCAUAACCCCUCAUGCUCUCAUUGUCAAAAUUGAGCUUGCUCUCCUUACAAGGGUCCCUCAGCCACCUGGGAAAGGGAACCACCAGAAAAAGGUUGAGGGGAAAAAGCUCUCAAGUGCAAGGAAGCGGGAUUUGGAAAAGAAAAGCACAGAAACUCCUAACAAGCCUCUUAAGAGGAAGGGAGACGUAGAGAAAGAGACUGAUAGGAAAAUAAUCAAGUUGGAGAAAGAAACCAAAUCAUUGCAAGCUUCAGGUGACAAAGACUCCAGUAAAAUGAAAGUAUUGAAAUGUUCCUAUGAAGUUCAGAAGAAAGAUCUGUUGCUGCCACCGCUACCACCAGUGUCUCCUGCACAGAAGCCGGCCAAGAAGGCACAAAAGAGGCACAACAAUGAGAGCAGUACCUGCUGCCGACUGCCUGCCACAAUCAACAGCACUGCCAAGAGCAAGAGCAACCACAAGGAUCCUUCUUCCUCCAAACACAGGAAAAUGGAGGAGAAGCAUUAUGAAUACUCCAAGAGCAACAAAGGAUCUGCAAGGGACACCACAAAUCCUUUCUCAGUGCCUUCUUUGCCAAAUGGUACCUCCAAGCCAAGGAGACCUCAAGUAAAGAUUGAAAAACCACAUCCAAUGGAAUACCACAUAGAGGAGGCCAAAAGGUUGAAGCACAAAGCUGAUGCAAUGACAGACAAGCUUGGAAAGGCAUUUCAAUACUUGGAUGCUGCCCUUUCCUUCAUUGAGUAUGGAAUUGCCAUGGAAUCUGAUGCAUUAACUCCAAAAUCAGCUUACACCAUCUUCACGGAGACCACAGAUCUCAUCAAAUUUAUAAUGACAUUAAAAUCCUUUACGGACUCCUCAGCAUCUGCACAUGAAAAAAUCUUUGCUGUUUUAUGCAUGCGCUGCCAGUCCAUUCUGCAUAUGGCAAUGUUUCGUUACAAAAAGGACACUGCAGUAAAGUAUUCCCGUAUCCUCAAUGACCACUUCAAGAGCUCUUCCAGAAUCACACAAGCGCCUUCUCCAUGUGUUGCAAGAAGCACAGGCACACCUCCUCUCUCUCCAAUGCCCUCACCUGCCAGCUCUGUGGGUUCCCAGCCAGGUUCAAAUGCAAGUAACGGUGGCAGCAGUGGCAUUGGGUUGUCAAUCAGCGUUCCGCAUAAUAUCCCAAGCAUAACUUCCUCUUAUGUCAACAUCACUUCCUACAUCCUCUAUGCAUAUGAUAUUUGGGAACAGGCUGAUGCACUAGCCAAGAAGAAUAAGGAAUUUUUUGCUGAACUCAGCGCAGCGGUGUGCAGUCUGGCACUAAACGGUAGUAUGACUGAACUGGUACACUACACUAGACAGGGUUUACAGUGGCUGAGACUGGAAACAAAUAUGCCUUAACUGGUGCUUAAGGUGGUUAAUGCCUUGAACUCUUUUGCACUUUGGAAGCCUCAGAAGCAGUCUGGUUGGCCGAAUCAUUGGAUUCAAAGUGCCAGGAAGGGAAAUAAUACAAGAUGGAAGGGAUCUGGUUACACUGGAAAACUACUGAACUGUGUUUUUUAGGGUGGCACUUGGCCACCCUGAAGAAAAGAGAUGAAGGGAGGCCUCAAGAGAUGAUGAUGCCUUCCUUUACAAGGACAAAGUGCAAUGUAUUGUCUGAAUUGUUCAAUGUAUUGGUGGUCUACAAACAUUUCUAUGAUGAAUAACCAGCAGGACAAAAAUCACAAAUGAAGAAGUGCCGACAAGAAGGAAAUCUGCCUCCAGAAGUAAUUAUGCAGCAUCUCAAAAUCUGCAACGGUCACAUGCCCAGCAUAGUUUAGAGAAAUGCCUUUGCAAACAGAUGCAGUCUGCAAUAUGUGUUUUUGUUCCCCAUGUCGAGGGGCAGACAGGAGAGAGAGAAACCCUCAACAACACCAAACAGCAUUAUGUUAAAAUGGUUGACAGCAAAGCAAUCUGCCUUGCCCACUUUCCAACCAUAUUUUUUGUGUUUGUGAACCAAUGUUGUACUAAUAACUCCAGGAAUAAUUGCCACCACUGCCUUUAAUACUGCAAUUUCACCUAUUAAAUCACUGUUGCGCGCACACACACACACACACACACACACACACACACACACACACACACACACACUCUUUUCACUUUGAAACUAUCUCAACUAUGGUAUUACUCAGGUGAGGCCUUGGAAGGCAAACAGUUCAGGUGGGAAAGAUAAAGAUCAGGGAUUAAUAGUGCUGCUUUUCUCUGCAAGGAAGGGAGUUCUCACUGAGGAUUAUCACUGUUGUUUAUAGGGUUCAGUGUGGAGGUCAUGGGCAGCCAGAAUAUUUGUGCAGUCGCAACAAACCAUUGUUCUAAGUUGCAGACCUCAAAAUUGGGAGGAAUUACUACUGCUCAGUUGUUCUACCAGGAAAUGUUGCCCUUGGAUCUUCACACACAACUCAGGAAAUACCUGAGGACAGAGUUUGUCACUGAAAUAUUGUCUCCCGCUUCAGGCAGAUGCCCCCUACUUCAUUACAAAGCUUAUAGGUUGGGUCCAGCACCUCAAAAUCUGCUUUCAGGGGAACAUGAAAGGGAAUAGUGAUUCUGUGAGAUUUGUAAGCAUCUCUUCUUUGCCAUAAGUUGCAUUCUGAAGUUAUAGUGGCCGUAACACUGAAGAAUACAUCCACAAUAUUUUUAUAUCCAGGUAGAUACCCCCGUUGCCCAAAGAGUACCUUUUGUGUAUGAAAGCAGUCUGCCACCCGUGUAUCAAGUAGUGUGCCUUAACCCUCAAGUUCUCUCUAGGAGCACUCAACUGGUGUGAAUUGUGAUGAAUAAGACCAUAUCCCAAAGGAGUUGUGCUUCUUGAUUGUCUUUCCUUAUAGGAAGAAAAAUUCUUUUUCAGUAAAUUAGUUGCUUUUUCCACCUCAUGGAUGGAAGCAUUCACACGUAACAUUGAGACGGUCCUAUGCAUGUGCUGCAGCAAUGUGGUAUUCCCUCUCCAAGAUGCCCAUUAGGGUUUAGAGUUUGACUAAAAUCAAAUACCGCCAAGAAGUCUGAAAUUUCUAAGGACCUGCCUCUGACCUGUUUAUGACAGGGACAAUCUUUUGCAGUGUGAACCAGGAAAACUCCAUUUGUAGAUGAGAAGUAAUGCACUUUCUCAGAGAGUCUGAGUAAAUGAAAUGCUCUACUUUUACAGGAGCAAGAAAAAAGACUUUACAUUCUCUGCCUGCACAAGACCUGCUGUAACCUUUCUGCAUUUGUCCUUUUGCCCCCUUGAUUAGUUCAUUUCAGGCAUAAGUCCACCUACCCAGCGGAAGCUAGCUCUGCAUCUCUUCCACCAGUUUAAUUAAUGGAAUUACAUGUACCUGAAUAAACCUUGCGGAAGGAAUACCACACUCGGAGAUUGAGUUAAAUUUUAUCCUCAGACAGCGUGGGGAGGAAAACAGAACUGAAGUCCUUGUAGAUCUACUCUUUUAGAGCCUGCAUACUGACAUGAAAUGCUCUUCCUGUUUGUCUUGGAAUGAAGCUGGUUGCAGUCUCCCAGUUGAGGAGGGACAAAGAAAGACCUAUUGCUUAGCAAAGGCUUUCCACUUCCAUCCAAGUUAAGAUUCCAUUUGGGAAUUUGGAAGAAAUGCAAAAGUAUGGGGGUAGAUUUAAGGACAGAGGUGGAUUUGGAUUUAUCAUGGGGUUUCUAGAUGGCCCCACAAGGCCCUUCACCCUCCCCUUUUCUUAAAAUCAGGCUCAGUUUAGGUUCUUCCUUCUAAUUCUGCCUCUUGCAUCGCAUUAUGCCUAUCCAUGUCAGAUUCCACAUGAAAUAGUCCAGCUCAUCAGGAAGCAGUUUUCAGUCAUACAUUGCGCUUUUAUGUGCCACUCUGGUUCUGACUGCCCUCUGGGCUUCUUCUGGAUCAAGUGGCCUUCCCUUCCCUGACCCACUUAUUUGAGCACUUUAUUACUCUUCCCCUCAGGAAAGCCAGCUAGAGGGAAUGGGCAAGCAAAGUCCUUGUCAAAAAGAUCCCGGUAAUGCAGAUGCACUGUUGGUUUUUUGCUGCCUUACAGGAUUAUUCAUGAACAGUAGAGUAAAAUAAUGUGGCAUCUAAGUCCUGUAAUAGAGUUUGAAUUGUCCUUAGUGAAGUGAGUUGCAAAAUUCACAUUUACCUUGAUGGGAACAAUAUUGGGCCCAUAGUCAAUUCAUCACAUACACUGUGGUUUAUUUUCAGUCUUUCAUUUUGUAAGUGGAGAGUGGUGUAUAGGGAUCAUCUGUAAGCUACAAACCAGAAAGCUGCAUUCUAUUUUUGCCCUUUGAAGGGACUGUAUAAAUACUAAAGAAGAAAUACCCCCAUGCUCCAAACUACAUCCAGUCUGAGGCCAGCUGAAUUCAAGGGGAAGAUUCCUGUUGACUCUGGAUCAAGCGCUUAAAAGGGGGGUGGGGAAUUAAAUAUCAUUUGCCAUUUUAGAAAACAGGUGGUGGCUGAGCCCUGCAAGGAAAGGAGAGAAGGGAGCUGUGGUAGACAAGCAGCUUCCUUUGCAGGCAAUAUUUAUUUAGAAUUAAUUAAUGUAUUUAAAUCAUGAAAUGUUCUAUUUCAAAGAUGCCAUUAUUUAAUAGUGUGAAAGCCCCAUUCAUGCUGGAGCCAUGCAUCUCUUCUGUAGUUGAAAGUCAAAGUUUGAUGGGAAUGUUGUUUUUAAAGGCAAAGCCCUUGUUCUUGUUUUUGUCUUCUCCUUUCCCCCUUGGUUCCCAUUAUAAAUCUGUACAUUUUAAAUUUAUUCUGGGGCAUUUUUUCAUCUUCUAAUAACAUUUAUUUUCCUGCCCUGUGUGUGAUGAAUUUUCAGACUGAUUGAUUUCAUUCAUGUGGGGUAAUAAAAUAAACAUGAAAUGACAUAGCCUGUUCAUUGAGUUGCUAGAAGAGUCAUUAUGGCCUUUUGUAGAGAAAAUAGUUUUUUUGCAGUCUUUCUCUCUCUCUCUCUCUCUCUUUGCAUAGUGAUGAUGAUUUUUGUUUCUAAUUUAUUUAAGUGUAGCUUGCUGUAAGUGAAAAUGCUCUUUUGAGUUCCUUCCAUAUUUGAAAUGUAUUGCCAUUUUGCUUUGGUAAAGAACCUUUGACUUGAAGUUCAAAGGUUCUGUGUGGCUAGAGAGUUGCAACAUGUAGACAUCAACCUUGCUUCCUAAAGACAUGAAUGCUGGGGACUUUGUGACAAGUUGGAGCAAACCAGCAUUUAACAUGCAGUAAUAGCCCACAGUCAUUUUCCUUGUAAUAAAUGAGUUGAGAAAGCAAUAAUACCAAGUCUGGAAUACACAGGUCAUGAACACUGUAUUUUCUCUCUCUCAGAAUGUCCCGAAUAAGAUGCACACCUUGUUUUUGAAAGGCAGAAAGAAAAAGAGCUUUCCUCUCCCCCCUGCAGGGGCAGAAACUGCUAUUGCCAUAUUUCCCCGCUUAUGGUGUACACCCCAAUUUCCAGCAGCUGAAUUUUGGGGGAAAUGGUGCAUGUUGUCUGUGAGAAAAUAUACUAUGUUACAAGGCAUGAUGUGGGAGGAAGCACUGGUUAGCUGUAUUGUAUCAUUGCAUCAUAUCUUUAAAACACUGUUUUUGGGAGGAGAAAUCUGCCCUUCUCCAAUCAGGUUUUAUGAUGCCAUCUUAUGAUCCCCAGCAUCAGCUUUUCACUGCAUGCCCAGAGUGCUCACUCAGAUGUCAUUGUCUGUUAAUGACGCACCUCCUUACUGAUUCUGGGUUACAGUUAUUUUCCAUGGCCUUACUCCAUUUUUGGUCAUAUGGUCAUAUUGGAUUUUUCUCCCCUUCGAUUUAGGAUUAAAAAUGUAAUCCUUCCUUGGAAGAAGGAUUUCACGUAUCUGUAUGCACUAUUGUGAGAACUCAUGUAUAAUUCAGGCCCUGUAUGCAACUGUCAUUGCAACUAAAAGAGCAUUUCCUAAUGGUGAACACCUUUUUUAUGUAUUAUGUC